AUGGAUGAAGAAGUUACGGGAAAAGCAGACUUCAAUGUCGGUAACAACAAAUACCAGACUUGGUACAAAAUCGUCGGGGAUCUCGCUUCAGGUGCACACCCUCUUGUCAUGCUGCAUGGCGGUAGUAUAAAAAAACUGGCUACAUUCAUGGAAACCCAGACACCAAAGUAA